AUGAAUCUAACAUUUCUCUUUUUUGUGAGUUUUAUCAUCAGGUGCUAUGCCAAGCAAAGUGCAUACUAUGAGAAUUCGACUUUAACACCCGAAGUAGUAACCUCCACCACUGAUGAAAGUUCCGUUGUGGAUUCACCUUCGAUUGAGAUAAUUGUAACUGCUUCAGUAGGGCAGAUUUUUACGUUGACUGAAGAUGAAACGAUGGUUACAUCGACCUCUUAUGUUUUCUCCACUUACACUUCAACUGCCUGCCCUACUUGUACCGGUCAAGGAAACUCCGAAACCUUGGAUCAAGUCUCAACAAGUACAUCUCCUGAUGCUACUAGUGCCGUUGACUCCACAGUAACUACUUUGGUUGAAAUUACGACUACGAAUUCAGAAGGAUCUCAACAAGUUACAACUUCAAUUGCGCAGGUUUCAACUUCGACUACUACCAUCAAUGGUGUAAUUAGCGUUUACACUACGUGGUGCGCUUUCGAGGAAACUUCCUCGCUCAACUCCCAGAGUUCACAGAGUGAUUUGUCUUCAAGUGGCCCUACAACAACUUUUGGAACAGAAGAAUACUCAAGUACAGGAUCAUCAGGAAGUACAGGCUUUACGCCUACUUCACUUUCAGCAUCUGCUUCUCUCACUUCAGAUGCCAACAGCGAAGUCCCAAUUUCCCGAACAGAGAGCUUGAUAGGUGAUACAUCUGCCCGAUCAACAAGCACUGAUAAUUUAUCAUCAACAGAAAUGUAUGUUUCCUCAGAAAAUGGUUCAAGAGUCACAUCAAGUAUUGCAGCAUCUGUUACAGAUUCUGCUGUCGAGUCCUCGAUUGAAAGCUACAAUUCUGGAAGCAGCUCAGAAACAAUAUCUGAUAUCUCAUCUUCAAUUGCAGGGUCUGUUGUUUAUUCCUCGACAGAGAUGUACCUAUCUGAAAGCACUACUGAAUUAGCAUCCCAUAGUAGGUCGGAUUCUACUGCUGAGUCCUCAACGGAAACUUACUAUUCGGGCAGCACUUCAGUAACAGCCUCCGAUUCUCUAUCUUGGAUAACGGAUACCGGUGACCAGUCCUCAUCGGAAACAUAUUAUUCAGACAGUAGGACGUUGUUCAGUACUGUUUCUUCUUCUGCUGCUGAAUCAGAAUCAGUAUCCAACUCUCUAUUGUCCGUUCCAGCGUCUACUACAGAAAUGUAUGACUCAAGCACUUCAGUAUUCGACUCCUUCGCUUCAGGCACAAACUCUGCAACUCAGUCCUCCUCGGAGAUUUAUUAUUCGGGGAGUACAACUGUUUCCAGUAUUGCUUCCUCUGCUACUGAAUUCUCGAUGGAAACAGAUCAAUCCGGAAUUACUUCAACAGCGACAUUCAGUGAUGUUCCAACAAAUUCAACCGCUAGCGUUAUAUCUUCGACGGAGAGUAGUCUCUAUUAUGGCAGCAGCUCGGAAGGCAUGAACAACAGUUCCGGAACAAUUGUACCGAGCACAUCUUAUGAUGACUCCUCGAGUUCGUCAAUCUACGAAAGUCCGACCUCGAUUUUGUCCACUAUCACUUCUACCAUGUCUGCAGACGUCAUUGGAUCGAGUAAAACAGUUUACACUGCAGUUUUGUCAACUGUCACAACCGUGGACAAAGGCGUAAGCACCAUUUACACAACAUGGUGUCCUUUAGACUCUGCUGGGGAAAUUCAGACAACCAGUUACGACAGCUCUGGCACGAUUAGUUCUCAGAUAUCAUCUACCGCAUCUGACAGUUCGAUUUGGAACACCACUGCCGGCGAAACUUUCACGGAUUACAUUAGCGGAAGUACCACCAGUUCAUCUUUUGCUAAUGAAACAACUCAUUCCUCAUUCACACUAGUUACUCUGACAAUAACUUCAUGUUCGCAUAAUGGCUGCUCUCAUUCGAUUGUGACCACAACAACUCCGGUCACCGAUACCAAUACAGAUGUCUUCCCCUCUAGCACAUCUCACAGCUCAGUCAACAAUAUGUCCUCAAUUUCUUGCUCGGGCACUGAAUGCCUUGAGACUUCUCUGUCUGGAUCAAACAGUUAUUCCACUAUUAUCUCCGAGUCUACGAGCCUGUACAAUAAAAGCUCCUACACUAGCUCCCUCUCAAUCUCACCAUCAUUUACAUUUGACAACACGGAAAGCACUUUUAACGCCAGCACUACAAGCUUUUCAAUAACUUCUGUUGAUUCAAGCGCUUCGGAGACAUGCAUCUCUUGUCAUGAGACGGCCAACAAGACGAUAAGUAGUGGUGAGCAUUCUACUUCGAGCGAAGGUUCUACAGCUGGCAGCUCAUUGGAAACAACCCCAUCGUCGACCUUGUAUUCCAAUGCAUCCUUUGACGUUAGACCAACAGAAAGCUGCUCAGGGAAUGAAUGCGAAACCUCGCUCAGUGUAUCAAUCACUGCCAGUGAGACGUCUUCUGACAUCUCUUCCUCUCAGGUCAUCAGUUCUAGCAGUAUUGCAGCUAAUGAGAGUUCAGGAUCUUCGCAGGUAUCUUCGACAGAAAGCACCACCACUUAUCCUUCGUCAACACUCUCAACCGUGAUCACUACAUCCGAAGGCAUUGAAACAACUUACACAACUUGGUGCCCACUUACUGUUUCAACCGUGACAACUACAUCCGAAGGCAUCGAAACAACUUACACCACUUGGUGCCCAAUCACGACUCCAGAAAGUAGCACCACUACUUCAUGUCAAGGUGAUCAAUGUUCUACGUCUUCCACCGCAAUAUCUAACAGUGAGACAACAGCUUCUGCAACUUCUGUCUCUUCUGUCUCUUCUGUCUUUUCCUCUCAGAUCAUCAGUUCUAGCAGUAUUGCAGCUAAUGAGAGUUCAGGAUCUUCGCAGAUAUCUUCGACAGAAAGCACCACCACUUAUCCUUCGUCAACACUCUCAACCGUGAUCACUACAUCCGAAGGCAUUGAAACAACUUACACAACUUGGUGCCCACUUACGGUUUCAACCGUGACAACUACAUCCGAAGGCAUCGAAACAACUUACACCACUUGGUGCCCAAUCACGACUCCAGAAAGUAGCACCACUACUAUAUGUCAAGGUGAUGAAUGCUCAACAAAUUACAGUGCGAUCACUAGCAAUGAAACCACAAAAUCUCUAACAGACCAUUCUUCUGUCUAUUUAAACUCGGGCCUCAGCAGCACGGGCACCACCGUUGUUCCUUCCUCUUAUUCGGUCUCUACUGUUACCACAACAACCAAUGGAGUCGAAACCCAAUACACAACGUGGUGUCCGAUAACUUCGACGAUAGAGUCAUGUUCUGAUGAAGGUUGUCAUCCUACAACAACGAAAUCUACUUCAUAUUCAUCGAAAAAUGAAACCAACUCCGGUGUCACGGCAACCGAUUUCUGUAGCGAAUGCUCAACUUCGAUAACACAGUCCGGUAAUUCGAGCAUUGCUCCGUCUGAAAGUAGACCUGAGUCGACGAUUACCACUGAACAUUGUGAAGGAGACAUAUGCUCGACAUCAGAAUCGUCAUUCUCUACAGAUGUUGCCUCAAGUACCACUUCAUCAGGAGUAAGCAAAACAACUGCUCAUUCAUGUAAGGGUGAGGGUUGCUCGACGACAAGUUCCGAUAUCCAGUCGACCACUAAUACGCAGGUGAGCACUGACUCAGAAAGUACUGUCAUGACGCCUACUUCUAGCGCGUCAAGCAUUUCCUCAGUAUAUUCUUCCAGUUCGUUUCCCACCACAAAGUUAGAGUCCUGCACCGAUGAUACAUGUCAAACUUCGAGUAGCGAGACAUCUUACACAUCCAGUGAUUCAAGGGCAGAGUCUGCAAGUACAAGCGGUAUAACUACUCUUUUUCACUCUGUCUCAACUAUCACCACGACAACAAAUGGUGUAGUAACGGAAUACACAACUUGGUGUCCAUUGUCCUCGACUACCAAGGUGGAUUCUUGCACUGACGACAAAUGUCGCUCUACAAACACAGAAUCAAGUUCCCCAUCAUCUUCAGCAGGUACAACGCACACCUCGGAUACUUCUACGACAAUUGCACAAACAACUACUUCCGGUAGCAGUAACGAAUACUCAACUACAAGUACUGACAACCCACCUGACAGUGAAAAUAGCCGUGUCAGCUCUACUUCUUCAACCACAAUCGUAAGCACAACUACUCAGUCCUGUGAGGAUGAAAAUUGCUCAACAGCUAGUGCUGAGAAACCACACGAUGAUACUAGCCAAAUCACGUCUGCCUCUACCACGGUUACUCCAACCCAAUCCUGUCAUGGUGACGAAUGCUCAACAACUACAGAGAAUCCCUCUACCACUGAUACUACAAAAUUCACCUCUACUUCGUCGAUAACAAUUACAACCACCCAAACCUGUGAAGAUGGAAAAUGCCUAGAAUCUACACUUACUCCAUCUACAACCGAUGGCAAGACCAUCACUACCGCUUCUUCAGGGACGAUAACAAGCCCAACAACCCAAUUGUGUGAAGGAGACGAAUGUUCUACCGCGGUAACUGAUGAGACGGAGAAUGCUUCUUUAACCAGAUCCACGGUAUCAGUGACUGUCUUAGUUCCGGUGACUUUCACUUCCAGUGACAGCGAAGGAAAGCCAGUAAUCACGACAAGUUCAUCUGCUCAGAUAACUGAAAGUGUCGUAGGGACAAAUAACAACGGGUUCCAUUCAACAACUGGAACUCCAGUUGGUGGGUCAAGCACAAGUUCAACAAGUUCAACCAGCAUAGCUGGAACUCCAGUGUCACCUAAUGGUCCAACACAAUUGACCAGCUACUCGGGAUUGGCCCCAGGACGAGUAAUAAAUAAAAUGUUUGUGCUUCCUUUGCUGCUUGCUCUGGUCUGA